UGAAGUCUCGCGAGAUUAGGAGCAAUCACAUGAUCCCCCUCCUUGCCAAACACGGAAGUCAUGGGUUCUCUAGUGGGAACUAAUUAAAACAGUCGCACCGAGCUGCCAAGCAUGCCUCUUUGUCAACAAAAUACACUUUUAGCCUGUUUUUUAUUUUGUAUUUAUGCUGCCGCGUCAAGCGAGGACGCCAACGUCACACCUUCCACCCCGACUGUGGUAAAUUAUCCCGUUUUUAACCCCGUGCGAGUGGAACCCCCCGCCUCCCUCCUGUUGUCCGCUUUCCCAGGCGAAUUGGAGAUCAGCGACUACUGCAGCCAGCUGCUCCGCAUCUUCGGUCAGCGGUAUGUCGCCUAUGUCAACUGCCUGGUUCCGUCGGCACGGCCGGUUAAAGUGUGCCAGAACUGUUUCGCCAGCUAUGGCAGCCUGGUGACAACCUACACGAACAUCUCCUCUGACCAGAUGGGUCCUGGCAAUGAAAGCUGCAGGGACAGCCUUCUGCGAGGAGACCGUCUUAUGCUGGUUUAUCUGCUCUUCAACAACCUGAAGGAUCUGUGGAGCAAAUCAGCCUGCGACCGCUGUAUAAUGGAUGGAUUCCAGAGCCUAACCAAUGACAUGCUAUACUUCAUGUCCACCCUCAACCAAACACUCAGCUGUUUUGAGAUUUACCAACUGGGGAACCACACAGAACUGUGUACAAACUGUAAGAGCGCCUACAAGAACCUCAAUGCUCUAUACAGCGGCAUGGAGAGCAAUCAGACUUUGUGUAUCGACAUUGAAGACGGGAUGAACAUGACCCGCAGACUGUGGAGUAAGAAUUUCAAUUGUUCCUUCCCCCGGGAGGAGACGGUGCCUGUCAUCGCCGUGUCCAGCUUCAUGCUCUUUCUGCCCAUCAUCUUCUACUUGAGCAGCUUCCUUCACUCGGAACAAAAGAAACGCAAGCUCAUACACCCCAAGAGGGCGAAGUCCUACUCCUCCAGUCUGGUGAACAUUCAGGACAAGCAGAGCUGAUUGAAGCCAACGGGAUGAAAAUCCAUCAUUUUGUACAUUUUGCAGGUUUGACGCUCCUCUGGCCAACAGCAGCUUGUUUUUCACGGGCUGCCUUUACCUGUCAGUAUUUUAAAGGAUGCACAUUAACUUCCUGGAAUUUUCAUUGCACAUCAAGUCUUGACUUCGGCUCAUUUUUUCCCCUUCAUAUAUUUAAUAUAUAGAUUAUCUAACAACCGCACACGGUACAUUUGUCUGUAUAGCCUAAGACUUUUUAUUGCAGUUGUAACCAGGCGUCACCAUUAAAUUACAUUUUCCCCUCUUUAUCAAUGUUAGUGCGCUGUUAUUACAUUUAUACACAUUCUACACAGAUUUAAUAGAAAAUGAAUUAAAUUUACUAUGCUGGUG